AUGCGUUCCCCUUCUAAUGCAGACAUUCGCACUAAGUUGUUAAAUAAGAUAGAUUCGAAGCCAAGUACUCUCACAAUCGAAGAUCUUACAAUAGAAUGUCAGCGAUUCAUCAAUCUAAAAGCUGACACUUCCUUAGGCAAAACCCAAAAAGGGACAGUUGCAGCUAUCAAAGAUGACAAGAAUAUAGCUAAACAAAACAAGACAUUCAAAUUCAAUAACAAGGGGAAAAAGGGAACUCAUCAAACGCAACCACACAAGAACAAAUCAACCAACUCGCAGAAAAUACCAUCUACACCUUGCUGGUUCUGCGGUUUACUACACUAUUCCAAAGACUGCACUUACAAGAACCACAAAUGUAAAAAAUGCAACGAGGUCGGUCACAAGGAUGGAUACUGUUACUCCAGCAAGAGGACUGCCAGUAAUUCAUUAAUUAAGAAGCUGCAAUCUCAGCAGACGAACGUCACCUCCAUAGUAAAUCAUGUUAGUACUAUUCCAUUACGAAAAUUCGUUAAUGUGAAAAUAAACUCUCAUCCAGUAAAACUCCAAUUUGAUACGGGCUCUGACAUCACGGUUAUCUCUCAAAAUACAUGGUAUUCUCUUAGGCAACCUCAAACUCAGGUAUCCAAACACAUUGCACGAGACGCUUCAGAUUGGCUAAACGAAUUUAAUCUCUGGAAGUGUUCAUUCGACAUCUUUUGCUAUCAUGUCGCACAUUCAUCAAACCACAUUCAUAGUUUUCAGCUUGAUACUCUUAAACAAAAGUUCCCAGAGGUAUUCAAGCCAGGAUUGGGUCGUUGUACGAAAACUAAAGUUCAUCUGUAUCAAAAACCAGACGCUAGACCUGUCUUCCGCCCAAAAAGACCCGUCGCAUACUCUAUAUUACCAGUCGUCGAUGCAGAGCUCACACGCCUCGGACAGGCAGGUAUCAUCACUCCUGUAAAUUAUUAUUGGGCAACGCCCAUUGUCGUAGUCCGUAAAAAUAACAAAACAUGUAUCUGCGCCGAUUACUCCACAGGCCUCAAUAAUUCUCUGGAACCAAAUCGACAUCCGUUACCUCAUCCCGAUGAGAUUUUUGCUAAACUUUCAAAUUGCAAAUAUUAUAGCCACAUCGAUUUCUCAGAUGCCUUUUUACAAAUAGAAGUUGAUGAACAAUCACGUCAUCUUCUAACAAUCAAUACUCACAAAGGACUAUAUAUCUACAAUCGCUUACCCUUCGGUGUUACAACCGCUCCGGGUAAAUUUCAAGCUAUUGUCGAUUCCAUGAUCGCAGGCCUUGAUAAUAUCUUUGCUUAUAUUGACGACAUAGUGAUCGGAGAAACUACAGAACAAGAACAUAAUCAAAAUUUGUUCAAAUUAUUCGAGCAUCCAAACAAGAUCUCUGCUAUAGUCAAUAUGCCAGUUCCUACAAACGUCACUAUGUUGCGAGCAUUUCUAGGCGCUAUCAACUAUUACGGUCGUUUCAUGUCUCACAUGCAUACUCUCAAACAACUUCUUAAUCUACUUCUUAAGCAAAAUCUGAUGCUUCAAACGACGGCAUUGGCGCUUGCAUCUUGCAUAAAUUUCCAGACCACACAGUCAAAGCAAUUUGUCACGCUUCUCGCAGCCUUACAGAAACCGAAAAAAAUACAGAAAUUCACUCUUCAAACAGACCACAAAUCUCUCCUAAGUAUUUUUGGUCUCAAAAAGGGCAUUCUAGUCCACACUGCUAAUAGGCUACAACGCUGGGCUCUCCAACUUCUAGCAUACGAUUUUCAAAUCCAAUAUGUCAAAACAAUGGAUUUCGGCCAUGCAGAUGUUUUGUCCAGAUUAAUCAGUCAACAGCAGAAGCCAGACGAAGAAACCGUUAUCGCCUCAAUUCAUCUCGAAGAAGACAUCUCAGCCGCCUUACAAAACUCUUUGCAAAACAUACCAGUCACAUUCAAAGAGAUUCAAGAAGCAAUCAAGGUGGAUCUCAUUAUGCAGCAAGCUAUACAAUUCACAUUAACCGGUUGGCUCACAUCUUUAGACGAACCUCAGCUCAAAGCGCUUCAUCGCCGCCGAGAGGAUUUAACAGUGGUGCAAGAUUGUCUAAUGUUGCAAGAUCGCAUCGUCAUUCCAAUACUUUAUCAGAACCAAAUCCUUAAACGCGCGCAUAUAGUCAGCUGA